AUGACUUUCCCCUGUCGACACCAGUGCUGCACACACCUGGUGAACGGCCAGCGCCACAGGUACAAGACAGCACCAGCACGGGAUGAGCACGAGCGCACCACCUACCACCACGCCUGCAAGGAAAGUGAGUGUGUGGUG